ACAAGUAUGAGUAUUUAGAGGAGCGACACAGAAUAUCGUUACAGUACUGUGACGGACGUAUCGGUAUCUACUAUCGUGUAGUCGCAUUUUUGUUCGAUCCUUGGUAAACAAUACACGGUGAAUACAGUAUCAGUUGCACGAUACACCGGUUAUUUUUUGGCAAAAAUUGAGUUUAGGAUCGGUUUUUCAUAAAUUAUUGUUAGGACCGUCUUCGACAUUUCGGGUCUAUGAAAGAAGAAAAUACGCUUCGCGGUGACUACAAUAACCGUGCGAGAUAUUUUAGUCAUUUUACAUCUUCAAUGUGUGAAGAUCCUAAAACAUGGAUACAAUCAAUAAAGAAAGGAAUGAAAAUACAAUCAAUAAAGGGUUCAAUAAGCCGAAGACUCUCGAGGAAUUCUACGCCGGUAGUGGGAUUCUUGUGACUGGAGCAACCGGUUUCGUUGGAAAAGGUCUGCUAGAAAAACUGAUGCGCGUGUGUCCGCGGAUUGCUGCCAUUUACAUUCUAAUUCGUCCAAAAACUAACGAAACGAUAGAACAACGAUUUAAGAAGAUCAUAGAUGAUCCCAUUUACGAUGGCAUCAAAGCAAAAGACCACUCAGUUUUUAGCAAAGCUUACCCCGUGAAAGGUGACGUGAGUCUGCCAGAUUUAGGUCUUUCGCGAGAAGAUAGAAAUCUCUUGUUAGAGAAAGUAAACAUAGUGUUUCACGCCGCGGCCACUGUGAGAUUCAACGAGCCGUUGCACGUGGCUGUUAAUGUGAAUACGAAGGGUACUGCUCGCGUCAUCGAACUUUGGAAUGAACUGCGGCAUCCGAUUAGCUUCGUCCACGUCAGCACAGCUUUCAGUAAUGCGAAUCUAUACGAGAUUGAGGAAAAAGUUUAUACUACGAGCUUGAAACCUUCAGAGGUGAUCGAUAUGUGUGACAAAUUAGACAAAACGUCCAUCAACGAAACAGAGAAAAUGAUUUUAAAAACUUAUCCAAAUACAUACACAUUCAGUAAGAAUUUGGCAGAGCAGAUAGUAGCAAGCAAGUGCAAAGAUCUGCCAGUUGGGAUAGUGCGGCCAAGCAUAAUUGGCGCCUCUUUGGAAGGACCAUGUCCUGGUUGGCUAGAGAAUAUUUCUGCAAUAACAGGUGUCAUUCUGCUAGUCAGUAAAGGAUGUGUAACAGCAAUACUGGCUAGGAGAGAUGCCAGAUUGGAUCUAGUGCCUAUCGAUUUCGUAGUGGACACGAUAAUAUGUAUUGCAUGGCAUGUCACGCUACAUCGUGGUCAAGAAGUUAAAGUUUACAACUGCACGACUAACGCUAAACCUUUUAAGUGGGGUCAGUUGCAAUAUGCCGUGUUGAAGUGUAGCAGAGAAAUGCCACUGAACGAUAUGCUAUGGUACCCGAGUUGUCCAAUGAUAGCUAAUAGAUAUAUUUACAAAUUUCUAAGCGUAAUUCCGUAUGUUCUGCCUGCGUUGCUCAUUGAUAUCUUUUUAACACUCCGACGUAAUAAACCAAAAAUGAUGAAACUUCUCAAAAAUAGCAAUAAGCUGUUCGCAUCGGUAACAUAUUUCACCACGCACGAAUGGACGUUCCAAAGAGAUAACUGUUCCGAUUUGGUGAGAAAGGUGAAAAUGUUGAAUGACAGCGAUAUGGUCAAACUAGAUUUAGGGGAUAUGGAUUGGGAGAAGUAUGUUGCAAUUUACCUGACGGGAAUUAGGAAAUUUAUUCUAAAACAAGAGUUUAAGUCAAUAGCCCGACAACGGUUAUCAAGGUUGUACUGGAUACAUCAGAUCACCAAAAUAUCCGGUAUAAUAAUUUUGUUAUGGAUAAUAUUAUAUUUUGUGUACUGACUAUUUGAACGUUACUUUUUUCUCUUUUAACAAAAAACAAUAUAAAUAGAAUUUUAUGAAGAAGGGG